AUGGCUCAACCACCUCAACUCCACCGCCGGAAAUCGAGCAGAGACGAAGAAGAGAAUGUUGUUAUUGUGCCGCACAAUGGCAUCGAAACCCCCGCUAUCAUGGCUCCACCACCACCUCGCAACCGCGUUCAUUCCACACCACACGACAUUCCACCCUCUUUAGGCCAAUUCCGCAUGCCCCCAAGACUUCCUAUGAAUGGGACUGCCUCCCCGCUCCGCUCCUCUUUCUCCAUGACCAAUCCUCCACCCCACUUGAACGGCUCCCACGCCCGCACACGCUCCAUCUCAACCCCAUUCUCCCGCCCUCUUGCCUCUCCAUUACUCACUUCCUUUCCAAGCACACCGAUUCUCUCUUCCCCAACAUCCCCGCGCCCUUCAAUCAUGAUUACUUCGCAUUCAGCACCAGAUACCUCCGCGGACACCGCUGCGAAACACUCCCGUCGGCACUCCCGAAUGCACUCACGCAAUCUGUCUGUUUUCUUCCCGCGCCCAGGUUCCUUGCCAGCAAGUUCAAUCUCUGAGGACGGGGGACAAGAGCUGGAAAUCCACCACAGCGGCCCAAUAGACGAAGAAGCUCCAGCCAUCAUCAUGCCCUCCGCCAGCCCGCCCACUCCCCUAGGAAAGGGAUUCACAUUCGGCGCACGACCCCCCAACUCAGCUCUCCCGUCUCCCAUGUCUAAAACCCCCGGCUCUGGGUCGUCAUCGGCUUCAAGGAGAGGCCAUCACCACAAACACUCCCUGUCACAUAACUUUUUCUCCUUUCUCGAACCGGGAGGCGAGAACCUCCAUACAGAGCCGGCUCCUAUUCCAGUAUCGCCUUGGACGCCCAUGCCGGACUCUGCUGGUACGAGUUCGAGUUCCCCUUCUCCUACGGAACAGUCGCGACAGGUCCCCGUGCAGGACGAUAGGAUACCGGUUGGUGCUGCUGCCGCCAGUAUUGCACAGUUCGUCCUUGGCGCGUAUCUCUGGGUGUGUGGGCAGCAGAUUGGCUCGUUGUCUUGCACGGGCCUUGGGUACUGGGUCGUGUUUGACUCUUUUGGGGUGGCGUUCAGUGAGGUGGUGCCUCCGUGGUUGGCGUCUGGUUAUAAUGGGGUAAGAGACCGGCUGAGGAGGCCUUAUGGCAACGGUCGAUUGGAAACCGUGCUCAUGUUCGCACACGUUGUGUAUCUCAUGUUCUCUUCGGUGUACGUGUGCAAGGAGACUGUUGAGCACUUGCUGUUGAGCGCUGGAGGUGUGCAGGGACAUCAUCAUCAUCAUGGUGACGAAGAGGCUGUCAGUGGACUUGGUAUCGAUUUCCCAGUUUUUGCCACCUUGAUAACUUUCCUCUCCCUCGUCGCAACAGCCUUGAUAUUCAACAACCACACGAAACUAGUUAACGUAACGGGCAACCGUAUUCCAUCGCUCCCCGCCAUCGUCCGCUUAAUCUCAUCCUUUUCCAAGCACACACGCCACGAACCACCACCAACGACGCCGCUAACCCUAAUGCUCUCAAACCCCUAUGUCACAUGUCCCCUGGCUUUCUGCGCCUCCAUCUUUUUCAUAGGGCUCUUAUUGCCCCCCACACAACACCGCAUCGCUGACCUAGUGUUAGCACUCAUCAUCGCCAUGCUUACAUUUAAAGUAGCAUACCGCGCGUCGGUUGUGCUAGGUACAGUCCUACUACAGACCUCUCCACCUCGCGGAAUGGCGAGCGGGAAAAUGGAGGCGUUCCUUCGAGCUAUGCGUGAGGUCGAAAGGCACCCUCAAGUCCUCCACCUCCCCGCACCGCAUAUCUGGCAACUGACUCCGAGCCCUCAAGACUUCGUACCGGGGAAAGGAAGGGGGGAGGGGGAGGCGUUGGUGGUUACGUUGGAGCUUCAUGUGACGGGGAAUUUGGGCGAUGAUGAUGUGUUGAAGUUGACCAAGUGGGCUCGGGAGAGGUGUGUGGGCGCUUUGGGGAGGGAGGAGGCUGAGGUUACGGUUGGCAUUGUGCGUGGAUGA